UUACAGGAAAAGCUGGAAACGUCCGGCAACUUGGAGGGAUUUAAGUCGUCUCUUUUCCUUCCCCAGGCGUUGCUAAGUGGAGCACAGCUACUGCAACCGGACCCGCACACAGUCGACCCCGCCCGACCCAGUCAGUUUUAAAUCAAUUGUAAGGGAAGAGAGAAAAGGAAAUAAAAGAUGAGAACAUCUUCAAUCAAAUAUUGGCAGAGACGCCUAUUAGCAGGGGGAGGAAUAUGGAAAAGGCUUUAUUCAACCGAAUUCGCAGACGACGCCGGUCAGAGCUCGAAAGUGAAAAUCUUCGACCGCCAUCUCAAGCAGAAACAACGUGAUCGAGCAGCAUGGUUGAUGCAGCCAAAGGAUUCUUUGGUUGAUGCUGUGGCUGAAAAUUUGCUUGAUCGCUUGGAGGAUUGUAAAAGGACCUUUCCUACUACAUUGUGUAUGGGCGGAUCACUGGAAGCUGUUCGUCGUUUGUUAAGGGGACGUGGUGGUAUUGAAAAGCUAAUCAUGAUGGAUACAUCAAAUGACAUGGUAAAAUUAUGUAAAAAUGCUGAGAUGAGAAUGCCUAACGAAAAUAUAGAGACGUCAUAUGUUGUUGGAGAUGAAGAAUUUUUGCCCAUUAAAGAAAGUUCUCUGGAUCUGGUUAUUAGUUGCUUGGGACUCCACUGGACUAAUGAUCUUCCUGGAGCCAUGAUACAGGCUAGAUUGGCAUUGAAGCCUGAUGGCCUCUUUCUUGCAGCAAUCCUUGGUGGAGACACAUUAAAGGAGCUAAGAAUAGCAUGCACUGUAGCACAAAUGGAACGUGAAGGAGGCAUAAGUCCACGUUUAUCACCCUUGGCACAGGUGCGAGAUGCUGGUAAUCUUUUGACUAGAGCAGGCUUCAUGCUUCCUGGAGUUGAUGUUGAUGAAUACACUGUUAGAUAUAAAAAUCCUCUGGAGUUGAUAGAGCAUCUACGUGCAAUGGGCGAAUCAAAUGCUCUUAUACAUAGGGGCAAGAUUCUAAAUAGAGAAACAGCCCUUGCAACCGCAGCUGUUUAUGAGUCAAUGUUUGCAGCAGAAGAUGGAACUGUACCAGCAACAUUCCAGUUCUUUAAUUGGCUCCAAUUCCAGUCUCCAAGUGAACUCCAAUGAUCUUAACUUUCCAGAUCACCUCUUCCUCUGGGAUUAUUUGGUUUACAGUCUCCAAGAGAGGGUGACUUUGUAGCCAUCUGUCCUUCCACUAGAGCAGGGGUUCAUUAGUUCCCAACCUCCAUUGGACUCCUUUAUCUAAUGUCAUUCCCCAGCCCUGAUACUCUCACUGGAAAUUUCAUCCUUUCCUUCCCUCUGCAAUAUUUGCUUGUAAGUAACCUGCCUGGUGUAAGUUGUCUUUCCUUGCAAAUAUCCUUUUCAUCUUGGGAAGUAAAGGCAUAUUCACCCUUCUCAGCCUUCUGAUGUCUAGAUCUCAUUUCUGGCUUGAGUUAUCAAGGCCAGCCUUCAUGGUGCAUCUUCCUUCCUCCAUUGUUUCCACAUAAGAAACCUCUGGCAUUUUUCUCAAUCUCAUCUACUGCUGAGGUCAGCAGGGAAUUACCACUAAGACAGGUUUUACCAGUAUGACCCUUCCACAAUGGAGAGCUUUUCUCCUCUUCCAUCCUCUGUUUCCUCACUUUAUCUGGUACAGAAUAAGUUUUGCUGGAAAGUCGGAAGUGCAGCAAGGGCACUCCCAAUUACAUCCCCGUGUCUCUGGUCUCAAUCAACCCUGGUUUUAUGAUCAUCAGUUCUGUUUCCAGACACUUAUGGAAGUCCUUGGGAUCUUUCCCACUACUUGUGCGUGUUCCAACCUAGCUUUGGGAAACAAAAGCAAAUCAUUACAAGCAUCAAACGCGAUACCUGAUUGCCAGAUCUUGAGGCUUUCACUGCUUUCCAUUUGCUUUUCUUUUCACUGGCAUUGUAACCAGAAGAGACGUUUUCAGGUGAUAGCAACAGGUAUUCGGUAAAUGAUCUUUACCUAAUCCCUGUUGUUAUCUCCCCAAAUCCCUGUUGUUCUGGGAAUUACCACUAAGACAGGUUUUACCUCAUCUACUGCUGAGGUCAGCAGGGAAUUACCACUAAGACAGGUUUUACCAGUAUGACCCUUCCACAAUGGAGAGCUUUUCUCCUCUUCCAUCCUCUGUUUCCUCACUUUAUCUGGUACAGAAUAAGUUUUGCUGGAAAGUCGGAAGUGCAGCAAGGGCACUCCCAAUUACAUCCCCGUGUCUCUGGUCUCAAUCAACCCUGGUUUUAUGAUCAUCAGUUCUGUUUCCAGACACUUAUGGAAGUCCUUGGGAUCUUUCCCACUACUUGUGCGUGUUCCAACCUAGCUUUGGGAAACAAAAGCAAAUCAUUACAAGCAUCAAACGCGAUACCUGAUUGCCAGAUCUUGAGGCUUUCACUGCUUUCCAUUUGCUUUUCUUUUCACUGGCAUUGUAACCAGAAGAGACGUUUUCAGGUGAUAGCAACAGGUAUUCGGUAAAUGAUCUUUACCUAAUCCCUGUUGUUAUCUCCCCAAAUCCCUGUUGUUCUGGUUCAGUUACUUUAUAACUGCAAUGACAGGAUCUUAAAGGUUUUCUGUGCUGAAAGUUUCGGCUUGCGUUAGGGAUGUUAGUUCCAAAUCCGCCCUUAUUGUACAUUCACUUCUUAAUGUGAAUUUGCAUCUAUUAUUCUGCCAUAACGAUUUGGUGCUGCAUCAUU